AUGCCUCUUCUUGCUUUCCUUUGCUAUACCUCUGCUAACGACUGCCAUUCUCACCUCCAGGGCGACAUCUUCGGCGGACUCAAUGACGGCCUCCUCUCGAGAGCGGAAGCGCUGGCGGCGGUAGACAUCGGGAAGCACCAAGGCAACCCCCAGGGCCUCCCGCACCUCAAGCACGACAUGAUGUACCACCACGGGAUGGGGGCACCCCACGGGGGACCGCCGAACUCCAGGCCGCACCAGAGCGCAGCGCAGAUAGCCCCUGAGAGCAAUGGGCCCGGAGCGGAUGAUAUAGCUCGGAGGCUGCCGGUGAAUCCUGACCAAGAGAGAGGACAAGCGCACUUUGUCUCUGCUCUCCAACUGCUUCGUGCUGUCGAUGAGUGUGGUGUGAUGUGUACUCCAGCUCUGCCGAAGGAUCACGUCAACGGGUUCCUUCCAAUGUCAGUGCUUGGACAGAUGGGCCACCACCACGGGAUGGACGGCCUCGAGAUGCUGGACCCCAUCACCUCCAGCGGAAUGACAACCCUCACCCCGAUGACAGACGGCGGCGGAGGCGGUCACCCUCAGCUGCACGGCCCUUACGGUCCCGCCAUGAACACCAUGAUGAACCACCACCACCACCAUCACCACCACCACGGCUCACCCCUCAGCGGGCACGGGCCACCGCACCACCACCCGAUGGCUCCAGGGCUCCAGCACCCAGACUCAGACACCGACCCGCGAGAACUAGAAGCCUUCGCCGAGCGGUUCAAGCAGAGGAGGAUAAAGCUAGGGGUGACCCAAGCGGACGUCGGGAAGGCGCUGGCGAACCUGAAGCUGCCUGGAGUCGGCGCGCUGUCACAGAGCACCAUCUGCAGGUUCGAGUCCCUCACCCUCUCUCACAACAACAUGAUCGCUCUCAAGCCCAUUCUCCAGGCCUGGCUCGAGGAAGCCGAGGCACAGGCCAAGAACAAGAGGCGGGACCCGGACGCGCCCUCGGUACUCCCGGCAGGUGAGAAGAAAAGAAAGCGGACAUCGAUCGCAGCGCCCGAGAAGAGGUCUCUGGAGGCCUACUUCGCCGUCCAGCCGAGGCCCUCGGGGGAGAAGAUCGCCGCCAUCGCCGAAAAACUCGACCUGAAGAAAAACGUCGUCCGGGUGUGGUUCUGCAACCAGAGGCAGAAACAGAAGCGGAUGAAGUUCGCUGCGCAACACUGACAAAUAGAUUGCUCGGUGUUCCCGCAAUAACCGUGUAUAUAAAAAAGACGAGGUGCAAUCGAGACUAAGUGCAAUAUGUGUAAAUAGUAACUGUAAGCAAUAAGCCCCUCCCCCUGUAGCUCUAGCUCCCCUGACAAACUAUACAUAUCAACCAGUACAAUUUAAGGUUAUAGUCAUAAAUUGAAUGUGCCAUUUAUAAGGGAUAGCGCUCAUGUAAAUAUUUUAAACAAAUUGUAAAAUUGGCUUUGUGAAUAAUGACAAUGAAUCUCUGUCGAUUUUCACAAUUUAUUCUUUCUUUUUAAGGACAAUGCAAUACGAAAAAAAUGUAUUUUCUAAUCUUGUCAAAGAUCUCAAGUAGUUUAUUAAUGUAUUAAAG